CGGGGCGGGGGGAAGAUGGCGGAGCCGCCCGGCGCCGCGGCGGAGGAAGCGUGGGGGAAGGUGGACGCUGCGUACGGGGACAAUGGCCCGGAGCCGGCGCUCUUCAUGGACAGCGCGCGGAAGGGCAGCGUCGUGUCCCGCGCCAACAGCAUCGGUUCCACCAGCGCCUCCUCCGUGCCCAACACCGACGACGAGGACAGCGAUUACACCCAGGAGCACUACAAGGAGUCCUACAAGGACCAGCGCCGCCGGGCGCACACGCAGGCGGAGCAGAAGAGGCGCGAUGCCAUCAAGAAAGGCUAUGAUGACCUGCAGGCCAUCGUGCCCACCUGCCAGCAGCAGGACUUCUCCAUCGGCUCCCAGAAGCUGAGCAAGGCCAUCAUUCUCCAGAAAACCAUUGAUUAUAUUCAGUUCCUGCACAAGGAAAAGAAGAAGCAAGAAGAGGAAGUUUCUACUCUCAGGAAAGAUGUGAUGGCCUUGAAGAUAAUGAAAGUGAACUAUGAGCAGAUUGUGAAAGCUCACCAGGACAACCCAAGUGAGGGGAAGGACCAGGUCUCUGACCAGGUGAAAUUCAAUGUUUUCCAAGGCAUUAUGGAUUCCCUCUUUGAGUCCUUUAAUGCCUCCAUCUCAGUCACGAGUUUUCAGGAGCUCUCAGCAUGUGUCUUCAGCUGGAUUGAGGAGCACUGUAAGCCCCACACUCUACGGGACAUCGUCAUCGGGGUCCUGCACCAGGUGAAGAGUCAGCUGUACUGAGCAUUCCCUCACUGGAGCACCUUGGACUGGGUGGCAGGUUCCAGGAGAGGCUGGUCCAUCUCCCUUGUGGUUGUCCUCAAAGCUUCUCCGAUUAUUUAUUGUCACUACAAAACCAAAACAAGGCUGUGCAAGCAUCUCUGCUUCACGGGUACUGUCACAGUCAACAUCACCAAAUACUGCUAAGGAUUUAGCAAAGGGAAAGAAAAAAGUGUGUACUGAAUGUGUAUUGGAAUGUGUACUGGUCUUUAAACUUGCUGGAGUCUUUAGCUCAGGCAGGUGUGUUGCAGUUGGGUUUGCCUGUGCCACUGACUCCAGUGCUGCAGCUGAGCUGGUGAAACAGAUCUGGUCUGUAACCUCAGACCUGAUACAAACCCUUUUGACCCUGGGAGCAGGGAGAAAUAAGGAGAGACCAAAAGCUGUUGGUCUCUGCUAAUGCAGAUUAGGAAUAGGGUUCUCCUGCAACUGCAGGCUUCCAGUACCUCCCUCUGAAACAGUUCUUAGAAAAGCAAGAGGCUGCUUUUAACUUCUAGAUGGUUUGGAGAAAGCCCAGGAGAACUGAGGGAAGGGUGAGCAUGUCACUGCCAGGGAGAUGUGGGGCAGCAGCGAGUUCUCAUGCUGGAAGGAGUGCAGUGGGGCUGUGCUGUCCUGACCUCCUCAGUUGUAACUUUUAACACCCCUGAAUGGGAAAAGGGAGUGAGCUUUUUUUGCAGUCUUUUCCUGCUUGUGCUGCUGAGUGCUGAGUUGCCCUGGCCUCGUCUUUUUCCGGGUUGUUUUGUGGCCACACUGAACAGAAAAGUAGUUUAGUAGCUGCAGCACAGCACUGCUGAGUUCUCACUGCUGUUCCUUAGCACCAUAAUUUUACGUGAGUGUAUAUAUUUAUAGACAUGUAACCAGCUUUGAUUUUAUUUUAUAAUCACUGAAAUCAUUGUAAAGUAUUAUCAGUGCCAGUUCUGCAGUGUCUGACUUGCCACAUGCUGCUGCUGUCAGCGUGAUUCAAUUAAACAAGCACAAUGAGUGCAUUGGACAGCAUCAUCCUCCGUGGCACUGAUACACACAGCAGGGUUUGUUCUCUGAUCAUGUUCUUGCUACCACUCCACCAGUAGCAAUUAUUUAUUUUCCAGUUUUUCCACUGUAGAUGAGGUAAUGCUAAAUUUCUCAGCUCCGGGUUGCUUGAUUUGGAUGCUGCAGCUUGAGAUUGUUUAAGCUAUUAAAUGAAGAAAAGCAUUUUGGUGGGGUUGCUUUUUUUUUUUUUUUUUUUUUUUCCCAUACAAAAUUAUUUUUCAAGCCUUGUGACCUUUUCAGUAUAAUACAAUAGAAGCCCAAGAGGAGUCAAACCCUGUGGUGUUGCACAGAAGUGAUGGCGCAUACAGGGGCAGACAUGUUGCUGGUAGGUGUUGCCCUGUGAUGGAAAUGACUCUGUUGUGGAGGGACAGACAAGUCAACAGCCACGUGGCACGGCUUAAUUUCCCUUAGAUGCAACCUCUUGCCUUGUGAGGAAGAUGUGGAUUUUUACAGACCUCAUGUGUGAAAGUGACAUAUUUUUCUAUUGUGAAAAAUAAAUAAUUUUUGCUGAACGUUU